AUGCAGAGCAUUCUGGAGUUGCAACGACAGAAUGAGGAAAUUAAACUGAAGGUAGAGGCUGACCAGGUUCAACUAGAAAAGGAGAGGGAGGAAACCCGUAAGAAAGCAGAGGAAGAUCUACAGGCUCUUCGGGAAGAGGCUUUGGGAGAAAGAGAAAGACCGCGUAAAGAGGCUGAAGAAACACACCGACGACUAGAAGAUGCGUUUCGACAACAGGAACAACUGCGGAAGGCAGACGAAGAGAUUCAAAACCGAUUGGAGGCCACCAGGGCUGGUUACCGAUACGCUAGUCGGUUGAAUCCCGAUGUGGGUGACGCCAGUCCUCUAGCAAAUACGAUCAUGGAGGAGCCAAUCCCACAGAAUUUCGUAAUUCCAAAGAUCGCACCCUUCACAGGGAGUUCUGAUCCAGAGUUACAUUUAAAAGCGUUUCAGGCCCGGAUGUUGAUAUCGGGGGGAAGUGACGCAAUACGUUGUAAAAUGUUUAUGGGCACGCUAGCUGAGAUCGUUCUGGAAUGGUUCAACACUAUUUCGAGCUCCUCAAUCAACUCGUUUGUUGAUUUCAAACGUGUUUUCCUGGAAAGUUUCUCGGCCAACAGGGCCAAGCCAGUGGAGAUGGCAGACAUGUUUGAUAUACGACAAAAUGCUAAAGAAUCAUUGAAACAGUUCCUCAAUCGCUUCACCAAUAUUAGCAUGAGGUUAGUCGACCCUAACGAGGGCCUGCUCGUCAAUGCCUUCGUGAAGGGGCUCCAAGCCAGUUCUUUCGGUGAAUCCCUAUACCGGUUUCCUCCAAGGACCUUAACGAAGAUAAGGCAAAUGGCAGCCGUGGAGAUAGAGACCGAAGAGGCCAUGCGUCAUAAAAAAGCAGGGGACAAGAGAACGCUGGCCCAUACCAAGAGUGAACGAGACAUGAAAACUUAUCGAAGAGAAAGGACUCCACCUCGGACCAGACCGGAUCAUCGUUUCGUUCCUUAUAUAGCACAGCAAAGGACCGAGUAUCGGCGAAUUCAAAAAAUCCCAAGUUUCAGGGUGGCUCUAGCCCAAAUAUUGGAAGAUGUAGAAAUAUCUAAACAUUUGCGUUAUCCCAAUAUCACAGGGAGAAUACUCGGAAGUAGACCAGAUGCUUGGUGUAAGUUUCAUCAGGCCGGAGGUCAUGACACAAAUUCGUGUUAUGCUUUAAAUAAUCAACUCUCUACGUUGGCAGACAGGGGACUUAUGGAGAAAUUUAUGAAAUCUGAUACAGAUGCGAAACCAUCUAAAACUCGCACGGUUCCCGAUUUGCAUGAGACACCCGUCCUGGGGGAUUUCAAUACGAUAGCAGGAGGUUUUGCGAGAGGAGGACAAACCAGCUCGGCUAGGAAAUGA